AUGGGAAAAAGCAAGGAUAUUUGUUUGCCUGCAGCGGGCAUCUGUGCCCAUUUCACUAGUUUUUGCUCGUCUUUUCUCUACUCGACUGGUCUGAAUUCAUGGUCUGAUGUCUUUCUUUUGAAGCAUUGGAUCGUAGAGGAGGCGCAUCUUCUCUUGCCUGUGCUUGCGCUUGUUCAGUUGAGGUUCUUACACCAUUCCACCUCGCCUGAUAUUUCCCAUUUCUUUUCCGUUACCUUCAAGAUCCAACCAGCUUCAUCACCAACACCAACGAAUACAUCACCAAAUAAUCAACGCGCAUCAUCUCGUCCUCCAACGGCAUUCGCUCGACCGUUCCCCCACCGCGAUCCUUGCACCUAUUGGUCUUUUGCUCGGCUGCGCAUCUCCUCCCUGUGUCCAACCAUCGCGUCUGGCCCAUCACAUCCCACCUCAUCCCACUCUUCUCCUGCAAGGGUCUGCGGUCUCCCACAUCUUGUCACUCGCUUUGCUGCCCAUUGGCGAAGAAUUCAACCUUGGAAUUGCUGCCUUUUGACUCCCCGCGUGCCUGCAGUUGGUCCCGUCACAUCCACACAGUUCCACACCCUUAAGCCCCCUGCAGCUACCCUCGUCACUUUUGUUCCGUUGCAUCAGACGCCCUUCCCCUUCCUUCUCCUGCGUGUGCGUAUUCCCGUCACCCAAGGUUCCCUUUGCGCCGCCAGCCGUGUGUGUCUCUUUCUUCUUCCGACUCGCGGCCGAUCAGUUGCAGUAGAGAGAGGGCACAGAAAGAAAUGUGCUACCUGCUCCGUCAUCCUCGCCAUUCUACAUUUCCUCUCCCACGAACUUCAUCUUGACCAAGAAACGAACCCCGUCGUCAUCUUCGCAUCGCUAAACUUCAAUUGCCAACAGAACACCCCCAAGAUAACCCUGUCGAUCGGUCGCUAUCUGCUCCCUGGACCUCCCAAGGGUCUCUUUUCGGAGCCUGACGACACCAACAUCGUUGUCCAUCGCAACACCAGCAUUGCUCGCGAACACGACAUUGACGGUGGCAAUUCACUAAAGACCAUUCCAUCUACUCCAGAUACCCAGUAUUUCUUUCCUUGCCCUGCGUUCCCAGCCUCUGUCGCCAGCUUGCCUGGGUUCCUGCGACUAGGACCCUCCACAUUUGCGCUGCGGCGAUACAACGUCUGCGACACGGCCCAGCCUCCAACGCUGGACCCAACUGCCGAUCCGACGUUGUGGGAGACAAAAGACCCGACUCGAGAGUUCGCCCGCUUGCCCUGCCUUUCCACGUUUGCAUCGGUUCAUGGCGAGCCAUCCGACGUAACGCAAAGCUCCUGUCUAGACGGCCUGUCGGUUCUCCCCUCAGUACCUACUCCCAGUCGCGUAGGCCCAAAGCUGCGGAAACCAGGUCUCGGCCUGUUCUCUCACAAUAGCAGCUCUCUUAUACCUUCAAAGCGCAUCCACAGCCACGACUCGACGGCUUUGCUACCACUGCAAUUUUCCUUUCGCUGCCGCGGCGUGCCCAGGGAUUCCUCUCCUUAUUAUUCAGUUACCAAGAACGUCGAUUGCCCUUCCCGUACUCGCAUCAUCCUGAUCCUCGACGCCUUGCUGUCGCCCAAUUCGGUCACUCACCACUCCAAUCCGACUGCCGGCGUGAUCCUCUGGGCCAAAGAGCCGUCUGAUAAUACGAAUUUCUUGGUCGACUUGCAUGCGGGCGAUUGUUCUCGUGCAAUCGGAUCAAGCACAGGACGCCGUAGUUUCUUUUCACUUAGAUACGAUGGACAGUCUUGCGCGGACUCAAUCGCGCGACCGCGAGAGGUCACUACCCUCUCCGGUCUACCCACGUCCAACUUCGAGAUCAAGUACAAGUACCAGUGCAACCCGACGGACCCCUCGAAGCGCAAAUAUUUCAUCACAGCUCUUGCACUCCGUCGAUGGCAGAGCGCCGCAUCCACCUAUCUCCAGGAUAAACUCCAGAGGAGAAGAGAGGAGGCCGACAGGUUGGCCGCGGUACGGUCAACGCAGGACAUGGCCGCCUCCGUAGAAUUACCACCACGGCAUGCGCAAAGUUCACCCGUGAAAGGCGAGUCCGUUGAUGGACGUCGGCCAAGAUCAAGUGGAGGCAAUGGAGAAUCUACAAAGAAUAAAGGCAUGGGCGCCAAGGAGAUGGAGGCAACUGUUUCCACCUUGCACAAGCAGAACUUUGACCUGAAGCUCGAGCUCUUCCACCGCCGCGAACGACAAAAUGCGCUUGAAGAGCGUAUCGACGCCCUCGAGUCCGAGAAAGCACAAAUAGACGAUGUGAACGACAAGCUACUCGACGAGUUGGAGAAGCGAGACAAGGCUGUGCAGGAGGCGGUCCAGAUGAUAGUGACUCUUGAGGCCCAGGUCGAGACGCUAUUAAAGGAGCGGGAAAUGGUUCGAAUGGUCGACGCAGCCGGUUUCCUACCUCCCGACGACCUCGAAUCUCGCCUCAGAAGCCCCACGCCCAAGCCUAGAAUAGCGGACCUGGCACGACUUGAAGAUGAUGCUAAGACGCUCAACCGCAUGCCGAGUUUUCUAUCGGACUAUACCGAAAAUACCGAGAACCUACGAAAAGUCUACCUCAGCUCGCGCGGUAGCCUACUCAGCUUACCGAGGCUCAACACGGAGGCAGUGGAUGAGACGGAUCCACGUCGUGGUAAUGGCAUGACGAGCCCGAGCCUCAGCGUCCUCAGUGAAAGUUCCUUUGUAAGUGUGUAUGGCGAGAAAGAGGACCAGGAUCAAACAAUUGUGGCCGAUGCAGACGAGCCACACUCUAUGGAUGGUGCUUUACUACACUCCGCGCCACCUCGAAAGGCUUCGUACGGUAGCGACCAGUCUGGGAUACAAAGACCACCGACCACCAUGUCGACACGAUCCAGUCGCCCAAGUAGGUCCAGUUCAACUAGUCGGGCUCCUGGUCCAGGCCAGUUCCAGUCGCUCCACGACAUCAUCGACCACACCUCGCCCCUCCAAAAGCUAGCGAGGCUCGAUCAUACCUAUCUGGACAGUCUGCCCGUUCAAGACUCUUCCCCGAUGGCAGGAAGAGGGCAGUCGCAGAAGCAGACUAAGGCCGCGAAGCGCGAAGCAUUGCGGAGAGUGACAACAGAUUCACCAGCUUCACACCCCGGCGAAGGGCUUCCUCCGACACCAGACACCAUUUCCACAUCAACGCUUCGAAGAUUCAAGACGUCGAACGACACGCUCUCGAAGCAGCGAGCUGUGUCGGAUCAACAUAGCUAUCGCUCAGUGUCAAGGGGAACGUCCAAGGAUGAUGAGGGGGAUCACGGCGGAGGUGCACGGGUAUUCCAACAUCCCCCAUCCUCUGCAUUCACUGGACCCGAAGAGCCAGCCAGUGCCCAUUACUUCGAGUCCCGGCCGCCUUUGGUCCCUCGCCCCAGGUCGGCAGAUGAAACUACGAUAUCGAAUCACAGAGAACUCGACUGGGACUCUGAUGGAGAUUCGAUGCACUCCCUCGACUCUAGCCUCGAUAUUUGGCUACAGCAAGGCAAGGACCCAAAGUACAUUGCACAGCAGCGGAGUGAGUCUCCGGACCUAUUCAGCUUUCCUCCGUCCGGCGGAUGGAACACAGCUGGCAUGUUCGGUUCUUCUGGUGGUGCAUUUGAGGUCCCAGGUCUCCCUCCGCCGCAACGUAAUACGGCCGAGGAUGCCCUCUUCCAAGACGGGGUUCAGCCCCUGCCUCCGCCGAAUAGGAGGUCGAGUUUGGGUGCUAAAACAGGCCAGACCUCGUCAAAGAACAUGCCCAUUAACGGCAAACUUCGCAAGUCACCAUCUCGAAGCGGAUCUAGGCGCAACAGUGUUGAUGCGCAAAUGAUCCAGCUGGCAGAGGCAGUGGCCAACAGCCCGCAGCAUGAUUCAAAGACUGGUGCUCGUUCCAAGGACAGCAGCCACUAUCCCCCUUCCUCGACUGCCGCGCCCCGUGGGCAUCGGUUGAACUUCUUCAGACGGUCCAUCGGAGGUAGCACCGCUCCGAGUCCUGUCCAACAUGCGUCACCAGUAGCCGAGCCACCCGCACCAACUGCGCCCCAAGCCCCGAUGGGUGUCCCAUCAUGGGUGCAGCGAAAUCACCCGGGCGAGGAGGACAGGGCCAGCGCGACACCGCCUCCCAUUUUGCGAAACCCUCGUCCGGCUCGUUCUGGCAGCUUUGACGAGGGUGCGCCUGUGUAUGAUCACGGCCCUACAGCCCCGACUACACCUAUGGCAAACCAUGCCCCGAACACGCCGAACGCAAAUGGAACGCCUGGCUCCACAGAGACCACACCCACGAGCAACUCUGCGAGUGGUGGCGCACCCUUGCACAAGCGGAAAUGCCAAUUGCCGCCAGGAACUGGUGAGGGCAAGAGCGGAGCCGGCGGUCCAGGAGAUCUGCCAAUAAGGGGAAUCUGGCCCAAUUGUGGCAAGUGGAUGACGUGUUGUACGAUGAGGACGAACCAACCAGGCCAUGAUCUGGAAUUUCAGUUGAAACCCGCCGAGAGUUUUCGAAAUCUGUCGGGAACGGGUGGGAUGGCGUUGAAUAGCUACAAGCGGAAAAGCACGGCGCUGUACUUCAGUCUAUGGAAGACAGUGCUUUGA